AUGCCUUCGAAACUUAAGAUCGGGCUCUCGCAAUCCCACACCCUGGGCACCCGCGAAGAGACACUAUCUUCCCUACGUGCGACAACACAGGAGGCAGCUCUGAAGGGCAUCUCGAUCCUGCUUUUCCCCGAAGCCUACCUGGGCGGAUAUCCGCGAACGUGCAACUUCGGAGCUGCGGUCGGAGCUCGCACCGAACAUGGCAGAGAUCAAUUCCUUGCGUAUACCAAGUCGGCGGUCGAUUUGGGGGACACACCCCUCGGGGCUGGUGACGACUGGCUCGAGAAUAAACUACCGGUAAAUAAAGAGACAGGAAGGAGAGGAGAUGGUACACGAGAGUAUCUCGAAGACGUUGCGCGCGAGACCGGCGUGUUCAUUGUCACGGGUGCGGUUGAGAAAGCUGGCGGGAGCCUGUAUUGCUCCGCUCUAUACGUUGAUCCGAUCCGGGGCGUGAUCGGGAAGAGAAGGAAAGUGAUGCCAACUGGAUCCGAACGCCUCGUGUGGGCACAAGGUCAAGCGUCGACUCUCAAGGCAGUUGUCGCGAAUAUCAAGGGCGUAAGGGUCGUCAUGGGCUGCGCCAUCUGUUGGGAGAACUACAUGCCGCUUCUGCGAUACGCCAUCUAUAGCCAGGGCGUCAACUUAUGGCUCGCGCCGACUGCAGACGCUCGUGACACGUGGGAAAGUCUGAUGAAGACAGUGGCAAGUGAGGGGAGGUGCUUCGUGCUCAGCGCAAAUCAGGCUAUCAAGCGGAAGAGCCUCCCGGAGUGGAUCACCGGUGUGAAGACACAGGAGACAACAAGCAACGCCCAGGGAACGAACGGUCACGUUCAGAACCCCGGCCUCCCAAACGGCACCCCGAAAGCCGUAUCAACAGGCGGGCGGCGCCGCUCCAUGUCAAUGAGAACCGAGGAAAACCACGAAAUCGCAUGGCGCAGCAAAGACGGCACAAUCAACGAGGAGCCUGCAUCAGAGCAAGCCGUCGUCGACGGCACAGCGUCCGCACCGGCUACUACCUCGAAACUGGCGAGCCAUGGCACGACGACAGAAGACGGCGGCGAACAGUUUGUUUCAGCUGGCGGUUCCUGCAUCAUCAGUCCGCUGGGCAAGACGCUUGAGGGGCCGAUAUGGGAGAAAGAACACGAGUUGAUCUACGCCGAGGUCGACUUUGACGACUGCGAGCGCGGACACCUCGAUUUCGACGCCGUGGGCCAUUACUCGAGGCCCGACGCGUUUAGACUGACCGUCGAGGGGCUGGAUCUUAAUCCACCGCCUUGA